AACCGAGGGCGCCAAGAUCUAGUAUUGUUGGCGGAGAGAAGGAGCGCAAAGAUUAUGUGGAGCAGAAUGGAGGGGGGGAGGAUUGAGAGAGAAGUGGAGAUUUGCUUCGUUUGUUCAUCAUGCUUUCAAGCCAGCCACUUCCUGCUCUCCUCCUUGAUCUUCUUGUGUCUGAGAUUGCGAGACCAACAGCGAGGGCGCAUGCAUGGUGGUGUAUGCUCUGCAGAAAACUGAGAAUGGUAUUUCUUCUAUCCCAGGUUUUCUCCUGGACGCGCACCUGCGUUGUCUUGCCUCCUCCUCCUUACCGUCACGCCCACCAGCCGUGCAUUCUCGGGUGCUGCGGUGAACAGAUUCCUUCUGCCACAGUCAAGAGGGACUUCUCUGACGUCUGCGAGCGUUCUUCGAGGCUCGUUUCCCAGGAGUUUGAUCUUGCGCAAGCAGUCUGCUUCGGACUCUGUUACAGGAGCAAAGUUUGAAGAGAAUGACAAAGAAAAGAACCCCCAAGGCCGUCCAGGACACUCAGUGAAGGGUACUGUGGUUGAGAACGUGGAUCCG